AUGGACGUGUCCAUGUCGGAUCGUGUGAGUAAGGACAAAGCAGUCCUCGCAAAAGGAGAGUCAAAGUGGCAGUCGGUGCAGGCGGAAGUUCGCAGGGCUCUGACACGACUCAAAGCCAGUCGCAUGGUCAAGAGCUUCCAAUCAGUGGCGACGGUGAUGGCAUUGUUCAAGUUAGCAAGUAUGGAAGGUGAGAGCAGGCAAGUUGAGUUGCGCAAAAUGAGGCAUGCCUUGAACCGAGCCAAGGCAAUCAUGGAGCAAGAGCUAGAGCGGAAGGUAGAGCAGAGAACAACGGAGCUGCGCAGAAUCUUAGAGAGAAAAAGAGAAGACCAUCUUGAGGCAGUUCUCAGGACACACGAGGUACAUAAAUUUUGUGGAAGCCCUGACUUUAGAGGAGCUGACAGGGCGGUUGCUGAAGCAGUGAGCACAAUGCUUUGCAACGAUGCGAUGGCUAGUGCACGAUUUUCCGAAGUGCUUCAAGGGUUAUUCACUCUUCUCUGGCGAGAAGUGGGCAUUGCUGCCUAUCAAUUCCGCGCCCCAUACAUGGCGUGGGGCGUGUUCGCGCCGUACAUACCCCUCCCAGCCAUGAUGUUUUUGGCUUGCGAGUCUAUCCUUGUCGGAAGGGUCAACCAGAGAGUUGUAGGUAUAGAUUAUAUCAAAGCACGCUUUCAUGCAAACUGGGGGCACUGCAUUGAAGGGGCGCGAAGUGUUGCUGCCAGUGAGCUUGACUGUAUCAAGGACACAGCCAGGAGGCGUGUUGAGAAGCAGGAAAAGCUGCUGCGAGAGGUGCAGCAGUCUGGGGCCAUAAUGGAUACUGACUCGAAGAAAGAAUUUGAGGAACUUCAUGCACGUUUUGGGCUGCUUGAAGAAACAAUGGAACAAAAAAGCCUUUUUUGA